CGCGCCUAUUUUAACACACAUUCACGUCCAGCGUAUCUGCAAAUCGAGCCCAUGGAGGCCAAGGAUGCCGGCGACUACCGGUGUCGCGUAGACUUCAAAAGGGGCCGUACGGUCAACACUGUCAUUGCGCUCAAAGUGAUAGUUCCUCCAAAAGAGCCGCAAAUAUUUGACGCCAACGAUAACGAACUCAACGGUAUUGUCGGCCCUUUCAAUGAGGGCAACGAACUCACACUCAAGUGCUCCACACGUGGAGGUAAUCAAUGA